AAAUGGUGGCGGUAUAGCUUGGAAGGGGAGGAAAGGCACACAUUAUUUUUAUCCAACUAGUAGGUUUGGUAUACGCAACACAGUCAUAAUCGAAAUACCUCCUCGUAAGUGUGGUCAGUUCCGCAAAAUUUAUAAUUAACUAUCAAAAACGAAUCAACCCAUUGAGUGAUACAAUUUUAAUAGAUUUUUAAAAUAGUGUAUAUUGUUAUUCACGUAGAAUGGAAAUUCGAGUAGUUUUCUUAGUGGUCGCAUUAGCCGUAACUGUUUCUGAAGCUGGUGUAUUGUCAAACAUUCGCGAUGGAAUUCACAAUAGGUUUAACAGUUUGAAUAAUCUAAAUCCUUUUGCUCAAGUUAUUACUACCCAAGAACCACAAAAAUCAUCCACUCCACACAAUCAACUUAAUGGUAUAUUACCAACGAAUGGUCGGUUAGGUGACAUCAACCAACACACUUCCGAUCCUACAAAGAGCCAAAAUCCAUUGCAAUCAAUACUACCAAAUACAACCCCAGGGCCCAAAUUGGAGACCACUACGCACACCCGGUCAAUCAUCAACGCACCUUCGGUUUCUUGUCCAAACGGUCAAAAAAUGACAGCUGACAGAGAGUGUAGAGAAGAGUUUGUCGAUGAUUAACUGGAACAAAUGAUAAGUAAAUUUUUAAUGUUUAUAAUUUCAUAGAUUUAAUCAAUUUUAUUUAAAUUUAAUUUUACACUAAAUUGACGAUUAUAAAAAACAAUAAAUUUAGCUAAUUUAUUAUUAUAGAAAUGUUAUUAUUAGUUAUUUUUGUAUUUAUACACAUACAUAUACAUAUGAUAAAUGAUGGAUGAAUCAAUAAAAAUAAAUUUUAAUUUUAUAGUUUCUUAUCA